CUCACGGGAUCAAGGCAGGAACUCGCACCGCGCGCGUCCCUCGGAUGAUCAGGGCGCGCAACCCCUGACCCCAGGCACUUUCUCGGCCCAAUCGCGGGGCCCAGAGCAUCGCGGAGAUUUGGGGGGCGCCGAGAUCGAGGGUCUGGCGGUCGCAGGCACUACCCUACGACUGGGCUUUGGCUCUGGAGCUGCGGGAACAUGCGCCCGGAACGGCAGCUUGUUUGACCGUUGCCGGACUAUGUUUACACUUCUGGUUCUCUUCAGCCAACUGCCCAUAGCUACCUUCGCGUUUCCUCAUUGCACAAGAAGUCCGGAGGAGUCUAGGCAUGCCGGGGAAGACGUCUUUACACCAAAAGAAGAAGCAAACUCUUUCAUACAUAGACACCUCCUAUAUAAUAGAUUUGAUUUGGAGCUCUUCACUCCUGGUGACCUAGAAAGAGAGUGCAAUGAAGAACUUUGUAAUUAUGAAGAAGCCAGAGAGAUUUUUGUGGAUGAAGAUAAAACGAUGGCGUAUUGGCAGGAAUAUUCGAUUAAAGGACCAGCCACGAAAUCAGGUGGUAACAGAGAGAAAAUUGAUGUUAUGGGCCUUCUGACUGGACUAAUUGCUGCUGGAGUAUUUUCGAUUAUUUUUGGAUUACUGGGUUACUAUCUUUGUAUCACUAAGUGUAACAGGCAACAGCAUCCAGGUUCUUCAGCCACCUACAUAAGAAGGGGCCAGCAUGCUCCCGCCAUCCUUUUCAGGAGACCUGAAGAGGCUGUCUUGUUUCCAUCGCCACCUUUAUCGGAAGACACAGGAUUACCUUCUUAUGAACAGGCAGUGGCACUGACCAGAAAACACAAUAUUUCGCCACCACCACCAUACCCUGGGCCAGAAAAAGGGUUUAGGGUGUUUAAAAAGUCCAUGUCGCUCCCAUCUCACUAAGCCCACCUUGCCGUCUUGGUGAUACAGGAGAUUCAUGUUAUUUGAAUGGUUUGUUUUCCCUGAAUCAAAAAAAAACAUGUCAGUUCAGCCCUUUAUGACAAACUGCAAGAUGUAAAGGAGGAAUAAACAUGAGUGCUACACAAGAGAAGUUCUGUUGGCGUCUUGGACCUGAAUUUUUCAUCAUUGUCAGCUUGAUAAGAAACAUUGACUCUGUAUCUUGCAGUCGAGAAGACAGCACUUUGUUGUUUAUUUUUACAGUUCAAAAAAAUUUGUGUUAUGGAUGUCAUAACUAGAAUUGGUGAACUAUUUGUUGUAUCCUUUGUGCAGACAAAGGUUGUAGAUUUUUUGUGUUGGAUAUAUAAAAAGUAAGAAUUUCUAAUUCAAUUAUCCCAAGUCAUAAUAUUAGACCCUCUUUUUAUUAGGAUUUCUUUUUGGUUGGAAAUACUUCACAGAAUUUGACAUUUCAAUAUAAAUUGGUGGCCUUGAUAUACUUGGUUUUAUAGUUUAAAUUAUUGCAUAGCAUUCAUCAUGUUUUUCAGGUUUCCAUGGUUAACUCUUGCUAUCAGUCAUGCUUCAUUAUGAGGAAUGGGAUCAAUGGUUUUCUCUUUCUUAAAAAAAAAACAAAAAAACAACACUUGCCAGGGAUUUUGCUCUUCAGAGGGUUGCAAUGGCAAGGAUUUGCAAUAGUUGCUAUACUAACAAAUAAAUAAAUAGGCCUCAAACCUAGGAGUGACUAGAACUUGACAAAGUAGCCCAUGUUUCUGACGAGUAGACAUAUCAUACCCAUCUUCAUUGUUAAAUUAUCUAUAUAUGACUAUAUAUAAUUAUUUAUCUUAAAACUUUGUUGAAUCUUCUAAAUAAUAGCUUGAGAACCUAAAAAAAAGUAAUUUACUUUUCUGCUGUUAAAAUAAUAUUGAUUAAAGAGGAUUAAAAUAAGUGCAAAGUGCAAGGUGCAAAGUUACUUGAGACAAAGUGUUUAUGUAAAGCCAAGGUAUGACAAAUGGUAUAAUUUUUAUAGGUAAUGUAGGUGGCUUUAAAAAGAGCACCUUUCUGGGGUGGCUGGUUAGCUCAGGUGGUUAGAGCAUGCUGCUGAUAACACCAAGGUUGCUGGUUCGAUCCCCGCAUG